GGGUUUUAACUUGUGACUCGUGUCAACGAACUUUCAAAUCAGAGCGUUCUUUGAGGGAGCAUGAAGCGCAGAAUAAUCAUGGGAUAGAUCGUCGAUCCCUAGCCUGUAACCAGUGCACACAAACGUUCGAAAACCAGGAAGCUUUGAGCCAUCACCAAUGGAUUCAUGAGGCUAUUCGCAGAUCAGAACAUAAAUGCUUGGAAUGCCUCCUGGUCUUUGCAUCGGCGGAUCACUACAAUUGGCACUUCCAAGCUAAACAUGGAUCAGGUGCACCUCCUCCCAAAUUACCCGUGCGUCAGUAUGCCUGCGACAUUUGCGGAGAUUCUUUCGGUGCUCCCGGCUAUUUCAAAGGGCACCUGCAGAGCCACACAGGAGAAACGGUCUGUCCCGUAUGCUGGGCAUUUAAUUCAUCGCCAGCUAAUAAGACUAAGCAUUUGGCAAAACACCACCAGGGUCCUCGGAAUCCCUAAAAUUGGAAUCUGUAAGGAACUAGAAGAUUUUGGAAUCGGAAAAACGCGAUCUACAUACAUAAAAAAUCAUUUAAUAUAAGUGUAACACUCUAACAGUGUGUAUUAUUAGUUGUAAAUCUUCGUCAAUUAAGUACCGAGGGAAUGGGUUUGAUCGAAAAAUGAAAACGUGAUUAGAUCGACAAAUUAUUAAAAAACAUCAAUUAUU